AUGCGAAUUUUAAUGUGGUAUUUUUUUGUACUCAUCGCUAUUAAUGCAGCUCUAAAGAUCAAUGCCAAGUCAAGACAAAAGGCGAAACUGGCAGGCGACGACCCGCUACGAGCGUAUAAUGAGGUCGUGCAGAAUUUGAUAAAGAACUGGGAGUCUCCCGUUGUUUUCCUCAGAGAUCGAGGUUUUCUGCCUAAAAACUUUGAGGAUACGUCGAAAAUCAAACCCAAUUUAGACGCUCUGAUGCAAAGAAUUGAGAGAGCCAAAAGGAAUCAACCGAUUAUAAAGAUACAACACAGAGAAAUGCGGGAGAUAAAGCGGCCAAGAAAUCAUCGCGGAUUUGGGGCCACCUCGGGAUCUAUGCUUUCCAACUUGGAGCAGUUGAAAGCCCUAGACAGCAAGGGAAAAAAGUCGAAGUCUAGGGCAAAUGAUCAGGAGCUACAACUGCUGGCCAUGAAGCGGCGCUUGGAACAGUUGCAACAAGGAGCCGAAACUCAGGAUCCACCAGGAUUCCGUAGACAGAUCAAACUAAUGCCAAGAGCCAAGGAUCCGGUCAAGUCUGCGCAGAGCUACGAUGAAGUAUUGCAGCGAAUGAUUGAAAAGACGAGUCCGCACUUUAAGCAGCGCCCCAAUUUGCAUCUAGAUAAAGUUGCAUCUUCCAAGGAAGAUAAACUGUUGCAUUCGGCCCCUCUAAGCUUGAGUACGUAUAGAGCGCACAGCUAUCAGCCCAUUCUAACCGAUCUGCCCAAAUCUAGUCGAGCCCAGGAGGCCAAGGAAGUCAAAGAUGACGCGAUUGAAUCGGAAUUGGCGGCCCCCAGGUAUCUGAAUUGGGACAUGAAAAAAGGGCGACUCGAUCAUUACUCAAGCGUCGAGAAGGAGGCCUAUUUGAAUCAGUUAGUAAGAGUUUUUGGCCAGAACCUGGACUUGAAGGAGAGCCAACAAAAAAAGGGAUGACC